AUGGAUUUCUCUCGCAGAAGCGUGCACAGGGCCAUGAGUAUUUCCUCACAGGUCUCUCCACGCAGCAUAAGCGGGUCGGUUUAUAGGACUGGAGGCAUGCAGCGCUAUGGGGCUACUCCCAGCGUCUAUGGGGGUGCUGGAGGCCUUGGCACCCGCAUCUCAACCUCCAGACAUAUGAUGAGCUAUGGGGGCGAGUUCGCUGGCGCUGGCGGGGACCUAUAUGUUGGCGAUGGGAAAAUGGUCAUGCAGAGUCUAAAUGACCGUCUAGCAAACUAUCUAGAAAAAGUGCAGGCUUUGGAGAGGUCCAACACCACGUUGGAAAUGCAGAUCAAGCGUUGGUAUGAAACAAACGUCCCCAGUGCCAGCCGGGACUACAGUGCGUACUACAAACAAAUCGAAGAGCUGCGGGAUCAGAUUAAAAAUGCUCAAAUGAAAAAUGCUCAGUGUAUCCUGCAAAUCGAUAAUGCGAAACUAGCUGCUGAGGACUUCAGACUAAAGUGUGAGACUGAGAGGGGGCUCAGAAUAACAGUGGAGGCUGAUCUCCAGGGCCUAAGUAAGGUGUUUGAUGAUCUAACUCUAAGCAAAAGUGACUUGGAGAUGCAAGUUGAAGAACUGAAUAAAGACCUGGUUCUACUCAAAAAGGAACAUGAAGAGGAAGUCGAAGCCCUCCGCAAGCAGCUGGGCACCAAUAUCAAUGUGGAAGUGGAUGCUGCUCCCGGCCUGAACCUCAGCAACAUCAUGAAUGAAAUGAGGCAGAAAUAUGAAGUCUUGGCCCAGAAGAACCUUCAAGAGGUCAAAGAAAACUUUGACAAACAGACUGAAAUGCUCCAGCAACAAAUGACAGUGAACACCGAAGAAAUGAAAGAAUAUGAUAUUCAAGUACAGGAGUUGAAACGCGUCUACCAGAAUCUGGAGAUAGACCUCCAAUCCCAUCUCAGUAUGAAAGAAUCUUUGGAACGCACUUUAGAGGACACCAAAGCGCGCUACAGCAACCAGUUGGCUCAAAUCCAGGCACUGAUAAGCUCCUUAGAAAUCCAGCUGAUGCAGAUUCGAACAGACACAGAACAACAGACCAACGAAUACAAUAUUCUUCUUGGUAUAAAGACCAGGCUUGAACAGGAAAUUGCUACUUACCGCCGCCUUUUGGAAGGAGAGGAUGUAACAACAUCGGAGCUCUGGUGGCUUGGUGGUAAGGAACUCAAGAGAUCCAGGAAGAUUAAGACUGUCGUGGAAGAAGUAGUGGACGGCAAAGUUGUGUCUUCGCAAGUCAGAGAGAUCGAAGAAAACAUCUGA